CCCCCCACCCCGACGUGUCGGUGGCGCUGCGCAUGCGCGGGAGGCGGCUGUGCCAUAGCAACCGGAGCGUUAACGGUAGCAACGGCAAUGGCAAAAGCAACAACUAUCAAAGAAGCUCUAGCCAAAUGGGAAGAAAAAAAUGGCCAGAAGGCUUCAGAGGCAAAGGAGGUGAAACUGUACGGUCAGAUUCCUCCUGUAGAGAAGAUGGAUGAGUCUCUCUCCACACUUGUUAACUGCGAGAAACUAUCGCUGUCUACAAACUGCAUUGAAAGAAUCGCCAACUUGAACAGCCUAAAAAAUUUGAGGAUUCUGUCUUUGGGAAGAAAUAACAUAAAGAACUUGAAUGGAUUGGAGGCAGUUGCAGAUACAUUAGAGGAGCUGUGGAUCUCAUACAACUUCAUUGAGAAACUGAGGGGUAUCCGUGUAAUGAAGAAGCUGAAGGUUCUUUAUAUGUCAAAUAAUUUGGUGAAAGACUGGGCAGAGUUUGUGAGACUGGCAGAGCUGCCAUUACUAGAGGAUCUGGUGUUUGUAGGCAAUCCACUACAAGAGAAAUACGCCUCUGAUCAGAAGAACAAUUGGAUUGAAGAAGCAACCAAACGGGUACCCAAGCUGAAAAAGCUGGAUGGUAUCCUAGUUAUUAAACAAGAAGAAGAUGAAGAAGGAGCAAACUGAUGACACUUUCUUCU